AUGUCAAAACGGUCUGCUUCGCCAUCGCAGUCGGGAGCUCUCGUCAAGCGAGCGCGCGGAAGCCCACAACCCGAGACCCAGCUUGCAAUCUCCUCAUCUAAUGAUGCGCGGCAACAGGCCCUCAUCCGCACCGUGAAGCGUACCAGUAACCUGGACGCGCCCAUUGUCAGCUUGUCUGGCGCGCACUCUGCCGAGAUCCUCAGCUGCAGGUUUGACCCCACGGGACAAAACAUUGCUGCAUGCUCAAGCGACCGAAGCGUUUCCCUUUGGCGCACAUACCCUCCGAACACGAACUAUGCUCUCCUUUCAUCGUUACACAAGGCGCCCAUCCUCGACCUACAGUGGUCUCUUAUAUCGCCGCUCUUGUACACCGCGUCAGCAGACCAUACGAUCAUCUACACGGACCUCAGCACGGGCGAACGCGUCCGGCGCAUACGUGCCCACCGAGGCGUAAUCAACAGCAUAGACAGGGUCGUAGCAGGCGGCGCUGGCACUGAACUCCUCGCAACCGCGGCUGACGACGGCACGGUCAAGGUGUGGGAGGGUGGAGACGAAGGUUCCAAGGAGGCAAUUGCGACUUUCCACGUCGGCUGCCCGGUGACGAGCGUAUGCUGGAGCUUGGACGGAACAACCAUCUACGCAGGCGCGCUCGACAAUGAAAUACACAUAUAUGAUUUGAGGAAACAAGCCGAGCUGUCUACUCUCUCGGGUCACACCGACACGCCAACAUCGCUUUCGCUGUCACCUAACGGCGAAUACCUCCUCUCCCCGUCGUUCUCCUCGACCACCCUCAUUCACGACAUCCGUCCAUUCUCGCCCUCACCCAACCGCAUACAUCGUUCUCUCCAAGGCGCACCAGCGGGCUUCGAAAACACCCUCCUCCGCGGCAACUGGAGCCGCGACGACGGUGGGAAGAGAGUUGCCGUGGGUGGAGCUGACCGGACGGUGUGUAUCUGGGACGUUGAGAGCGGGCGGGUCCUUUACAAGUUGCCCGGACACAAGGGCACCGUCACCGCCGUGGAUUUCCAUCCAAAGGAGCCCGUUAUCCUCACGGGAAGCAAGGACGCCACGCUCUUGGUGGGCGAGAUUGAACCUUCCGUUGGCGCGUAA